GCGGUGUUGAUUCUUUUCAAAGACGCUCCUCACCGGUCUAUCGCCGGAGCUUGAAACUGUUCCAUGGCAGAUUAUUCGUAUGAGGAAGAGUGUAAAUACUAAAUACCUUUUCAAGGCAGUUCUGACUGGCGACUCGGCGGUCGGGAAAUGCAGAUCGAAGCUUCUGUCGAGGUUCUCGAACGAUGAGUUGUCGAGGUUGUCGAAACAUGAGUUCCGAUUGGAUUCUAAACCGACCUUAGGAGUCAAAUUCGCUUAUAGGAAUGUUAAGAUUUCACACAAGAUCAUCAAGGCUCAAAUAUGGGACACCGGAGUAUUAUGAAGAACUAAAGUGUUCUGCUCUGCAAUCCAAGUCAUGAAGCACAUAUUUAUGUCACAUUAAUGCUAUGCGGCUUGUAGACAAUUCAAGAAGGUACUCUUGGAUAGAGGGAUAACAAUUACAAGGCUGAAUGAACUCAAAAGAAUCUCAUCUCUGCUCUAGCAACAAAUGGGCAAAGGGCUAAUGCCCUUGACAUAUAUGAAGAAAUCAAGCAAUCUGGAGGUUAAAGCUGUUUUAUCUUUCAUUGACUGUUGACGAUCCAACAUGGAGGAUAAAGCAGGCUGCUGGUUACUUGCACCACCACCACGGUCCCCUCCAUUGUUGUUCUUUCACAACCCAGAUUUUCAGAAGAUGGCCUUCUCCUCAAUCAGAGAUGAGAAAUAUCACCUUGUCAAAACAUCACCUCCACAUCUUAUGGCAAAGAAAUCCAGGCUUACUUUCAUGGCUGGUUCAUCUUACUUGACAAAGAUCAGAAGAAUCAUCAUACUCUAAUCUGGAAUCUGCUGUACCAUGAAAAAAGGUACUCUCUCUGGAAUCCCCUGACCUUGGAGUUGAUAUGCUUACCUUCUCUUACAUUGAAUGCCAAACAAAAAUUCAAAUUCUGCAUAUUAUCUUCUCCUCCUGGUAAUCUCGACAGCAUGCUCAUAUUAUUUGAAAAACAAAUCCCAUCAUUAAUCUUUUGUAGGAUUGGGAUUGGAAAUAAGGAAUGGAACCAUCAAAGUAUCAAAUUAAAGUUGGAGAAGAAUGAUUUUCUGAUUAAUGCUGUCAUCUGCAAUAGAACAUUAUACUGCUGUACUUUUAAUUGGCCAAAACUUGUAAAGAUUGAUCUUAGAAUGCCAGAUGGCCAUCUUCUACUGGUUUUGUUGGAUGGUUAUAUUGCAGGUCAUGAACAAUCCUCAACAAUAUUUAGUCAGUACAUGCUAGAAUCAUGGGGUGAACUUUUUUUAAUUUAUUUGGUUAGAAGAUCAUCAUUUGCUCCUCCACUACUGUCGGAAAGACAAGUUAUUUAUGGAGGUUUUCAGACUGGAUUCAUGACGGCAUGAAGUUUUGGCCAUCAAUACUAGGUUUCAAUUGGAAGCCCCCCCAAUCCGAUGGACGAGUGCAGCUAUAGAAGGUCUUGCAGGUAAUGAUUCUCUGCACCCUUUGCUUAUGUUUUGUAGAAAAGGUGACAAUAUUUGCAGCUUCAUUGAUCUGUGGGCGAAAAAUAUCCCAUGAACAUUCCUAAUAACCAAUUGAAAAACAUAAUGAUAAGGAUGGUGUUUGAUGUUACAAGAAAAUCAUUCCAUAUUUCUUCGGAAUCCUUUUCUAAAGAAAAUCAUUCAACUUGC